GCGCAGUUGUUUACGGUCUGGGAACGCCCACAUCCUGGUACUGCUUGUCUCACGUGUUCAAACAAGCGGAACAGAGAAAGUCUCUUCAUAUGAAAUGAACAGUGAUCCUCCAACUGUAGCUUUGGAAUUGAGUCAAGACCAAUGGCAGGCUGUCGGAUAGAGUUGAUCACAGCAUGUUCCAACAUCACACUGUCCGUCUCUGCCCUGUACACAGCAUAUCAGCUCUUCAAGGACCACAGAGCUCCAGCGGUGGGUUUCUUUCUGCUCGGUCUCUCCUCAGGCCUCUGCACCCUGCCUCUCUCCUUCAGCCCAUACCUGACCUCUGUACAGGAGGACCUGGAGUGGGCCGGCGAGGUCCUGGCUCCACCGCUAGUCUCCUUCGGCUUCCUGUGGCUCAGCGAAGACCGCACCACAGCCAACACCCUCCUUAUUGGCUCAGCUCUCCUCCCGGUGCUCUGCGAUUGGCUGUCAGCGGACGAGUUGAUGCUGAUGUCACGCUGUCUGGCGCUCUCUGCCGUCUCCUGCUCGCUCACUGUGUGUCUGUUUGCGGGAAAUGCUGUCGGGGCCCUGGGCAGUGUGGCCCUCAGCCUGCCCCAAAUGGUGGCCCCCAGGGUGGGGGUCAAGACUCUGGCUCCCCUUGUCUCUCCAGGGGCCACUGUGGGACUGCUUAAGUGGCUCCUGAAGGGCUCCAUGGCUGUAGGGUGCUGGGCCUCUGAGAAGGCACUUAGCAAGUACCUGUUGGAACUGAAGGACCUGGACUCCCCAUUUUAACUUGCUACCACUGUAACUCAGGGUUUCCCCAAACUCAGUCCUCAGGACCCCGGGGUUUCCUUUCUUUCCUAAGCACUACACCGCUUAUUCAAAUAAUCAACUAAUCAUCAAGCUUUGUAGUGUUUGGGCAAAAACCAAAAGGUGCACCCCUUGGAGUCCCGAGCAUGGAGUUUGGGAAACUGUAACAUCACUGUAACAGUUACUGACUGUCUGAACAGUUCAAUAGUCCCUCACACAUGAUCAUGACUGAUUGUUAAGUUGAUGUGGUCUCAUGAUGUGCACAUAGAGCUGCUGACAGAAGAGAACCAGAUGGAGGGUCUAUUUAUUUUGUCCUGCAGGGCCUUGCCUCAUAGAAGUAGAAUGAAUAGAACGGUCUGGAACCUCUGACCAUGGCGAUUUGACUGGUAAAGUAAUGGGUGCACUCAAAAUGAGCACGCUUGUUCUACGUAUUCUAGCACUGUGGCUUGCCUUUGAUCUGUAGCCAAUAACCUUUCCAAUUCCUACUGGCCAAUGACCUUUCCAAUUCCUAUUGGCCAAUGAGCUUUCCAAUUCCUACUGGCCAAUGACCUUUCCAAUUCCUACUGGCCAAUAACCUUUCCAAUUCCUACUGGCCAAUGACCUUUCCAAUUCCUACUGGCCAAUGACCUUUCCAAUUCCUACUGGCCAAUGACCUUUCCAAUUCCUACUGGCCAAUGACCUUUCCAAUUCCUACUGGCCAAUGACCUUUCCAAUUCCUACUGGCCAAUGACCUUUCCAAUUCCUACUGGCCAAUGACCUUUCCAAUUCCUACUGGCCAAUGACCUUUCCAAUUCCUACUGGCCAAUGACCUUUCCAAUUCCUACUGGCCAAUGACCUUUCCAAGAGAUUAUCCUUAUAAGGAUGCCAUUCUGCCAAUUUGGAGGUGACAUGAUCCACCAUUGGGACAGAUGGCUGUUGCCAGUGUAUGAGCACUGUCAAGGACGUUGUUCUACUUGUUCAGCUUAUCGUCAUGGCCAGGGAGCUCUGCUCUGUUAUCCAAGUACUGUCAUCUAUGCAAGUCGAAGAAGCACUGGUGUCUAAUUCUAAAAAUGUAAACAUUAUUGAUGAUAUUAGUAACAGCGGUUAAUAAUAUUUUAUGUGCUAAAAUAUUGAUUUGCUAAAGUAUCAACAAAAGGAGUAGUGCUUGGAUCUAACGCUUGUAUGUACUGAUUGUCAUGGGUCACUAAUACUCCCAACCUCUUCCACUCCGCAUGUUAGAAAGUCUAACUCAUCUCUGGAUGUUGAUUUACAGGACAGUGUCAUUACCAAUUGGCUAUAAAAGAUUCUAUCUGCUUACUCUGUGAAAAUAUCCUCCCAACGGUGGCUCUAUGAGGAGGAUGGAAGUGCCUUCCAGACAUUUAAUACUGUCUAUGUCUAUGAGGGUGCCUCCCAAAUAUCACCCUAUUCCCUAUGUAGUGCACUACUUUUAAUCAGAGCCCAUUUUGCCCCCCAACCAUCACCCUAUUCCCUAUGUAGUGCACUACUUUUAAUCAGAGCCCAUUUUGCCUCCCAAAUAUCACCCUAUUCCCUAUGUAGUGCACUACUUUUAAUCAGAGACCAUUUUGGGAAUAGGGUGGCAUUUUGGGGCACACUCUGGUUGAACCUGGGCUGGCUUGACUUCAGUGUCUUGUCCUACGAUGAGCACCAAACAGCUUCUACUAGACUAUGCUCACUGUGAAGCCAAACAGCUUGUACUAGACUAUGCUCACUGUGAAGCCAAACAGCUUGUACUCAAAUCAAAUCAAAUGUAUUUAUAUAGCCCUUCGUACAUCAGCUGAUAUCUCAAAGUGCUUUACAGAAACCCAGCCUAAAACCCCAAACAGCAAGCAAUGCAGGUGUAGAAGCACGGUGG